AACACACUUUCUCUCUCUAUCUCCAUCUUCCCUUUUACUUUCAUCAACUCUUCUUACAUUGUACUAGAAACAUAUUACAAAACACAAACUCAAACUCAAACUCACUCUAUAUAUCAAACAUACACACACAGAUACAUAUAAUGCGAUGGGAAGUGGAUUCUCGCAGCUCUUUCCUUGUAUCAACCCGAACCGGAACGAACCGGAGCUAAAUUUAACCGAGCCGCUAGACGAAACAUUGGGGCAUUCUUUUUGCUAUGUUCGUUCGUCGGCUCGCUUUGUUUCGCCAACUCAGUCUGAUCGGUUUAUUUCUCCUUCUCAGUCUUUUCGGCUCUCUCCUUCUCAUGAGCCGGUCCGGUCUAGACCGGCCGGUUCACAUGAAACCGGUUUCAAAGCCAUUUCUGGAGCUUCUGUAAGUGCCAACACUUCGACCCCCAGAACUGUCCUUCAACUUGAGAAUAUUUACGAUGAUGCCACUGAUUCUGUUGGGAAUGGUGUCAAGUCGAGUAUUGUUAAUGGGUUUGAGAGUACGGCGUCGUUCAGUUCACUGCCGCUGCAGCCUUUGCCGAGAGGUGGAAGUGAACCGGCGUCUGGGUUUUUUAUGUCCGGUCCGAUUGAGCGUGGGGCGAUGUCCGGUCCGAUUGAACCGGGUAGUGUUGGGGAUGGUGGAAAUGGUUCUAGGGUUCCCUUUUCUGCACCACUGGGUGGACUUUAUGUCAAGAAGAGGAGGAAGAAGGGUAUUAAUGGAAUUAAGAAAGCGUUUUCGAGGAAUUUUUCGACUAAAAAUAGGCCUUGGGUUGUGCCAGUUAGACACAAGGAAGAGUGUAAUAGUAAUAGUAAUGGGAAUGAGGGGUUGGAGAAUGUCAGGAGAGGGGAAUGUGAUGAUGUACAAUGGGCUUUAGGUAAAGCAGGGGAAGAUAGAGUUCAUGUAGUUGUUUCGGAGGAGCAUGGUUGGUUGUUUGUAGGGAUUUAUGAUGGUUUUAAUGGCCCGGAUGCGCCUGAGUUCUUGAUGGGAAAUUUGUAUAAGGCUGUUUUUCGAGAACUGGAAGGGUUGUUUUGGGAUUGCGUGGAAAGUGAAAAUGUGGAAGGGUUGGGAAAUGGGGAUGGUUUAAGUGGGAAUGUUGGGGAAGAAUUGAUGAUUGGGAAAGAUUUGGGUGUGAACACCGGGGGUGAUAAUAGGACUGUUGCUGAGGGUGAUAAUGUUAAUGUUGCGGUGAAGAAGGUAACUUUUGAGUCUGAUGAGGUUGUGGUUAGGAGGAAGAGAUUAUGGGAGUUUUUAGCUGAGGAGGAUCCAGAAGAUGGGCUUGAUCUUUCAGGCUCGGAGAGAUUUGCGUUUUCUGUUGAUGAUGCACUUAGUGUGAGCAAUGCUGGGUCGGGGGUUAGUAAACGGUCGUUGCUGUUGUCGAGAUUGAAAAGUGGGCUGAUUAGGAAUAAGGAUAGUGGGAAGUUGUUUUCUUGGAGAUUUGGAUUGGAGGGUAAAGGAGGGAAGGGGGAAUCAGAGGAGAAUGUUAGAAUGGGUGAGGAGAGAAGUGGGGUUACAAGAAGUGGGAGAAAACGGAAGGUGGGUCCUGUUGAUCAUGAGUUGGUUUUAAGGGCAUUGUCGAGAGCUCUUGAAAAGACUGAGGUUGCCUAUUUGGAAAUGACUCACAAGGUUCUUGACAGGUAUCCAGAGCUUGCGUUGAUGGGUUCUUGUUUAUUGGUUGUGCUGAUGAGGGAUGAGGAUGUGUAUGUAAUGAAUUUGGGAGAUAGUAGAGCUAUUGUGGCACAUUAUGAAUCUCAAGAAGGUUCAAGUACAGAACCAAAGGGUCCGGGUGAUAGUGAGUCAGCUGCAGAAGAUAUAGUUGAGGAGUCCAUAGGUGGCAGUAUGAGGGCAAAAGAGAUGUCAAAUGAGGUUGCUGCUGAAGCUCUGAGAUUGACUGCACUACAGUUGUCUACCGAUCAUAGCACAAGCAUUGAAGAAGAAGUUAUAAGGAUUAAGAAUGAACAUCCGGAUGAUAAGAAUUGCAUCGUCAAUGAUAGGGUGAAAGGUCGUCUUAAAGUUACCCGUGCAUUUGGAGCUGGAUUUCUGAAACAGCCCGAGUUGAAUGAUGCUCUUUUGGAAAUGUUUCGGAAUGAAUAUAUUGGUACUGUACCAUAUCUAUCAUGUUCUCCUUCUCUGUGUCAUCACAAGCUCCGUACACCAGAUCAGUUUCUAGUGCUCUCAUCUGAUGGCCUCUAUCAGUACUUGACCAAUCAGGAAGUGGUUUCUCAUGUCGAAUGUUUCAUCGAGAAGUUUCCGGAAGGGGACCCUGCUCAGCACCUAAUAGAAGAGCUGCUUAUUCGUGCAGCCAAAAAAGCUGGAAUGGAUUUGCAUGAAUUAUUGGACAUACCACAAGGAGAUCGUAGAAAGUAUCAUGAUGAUGUUACUGUUAUGGUGAUAUCGCUUGAAGGUGGAAGAAUCUGGAAGUCUUCGGGAAAAUACCUGUAAGAUUCUGAGCAUGAAACUCUUAUACUGAAAAAGCUCCGCAUAUCCACCAGUGCUGCACACCGUUGUGGGAGCUCUUCAGUUUUCUUGGAUCUGUAACCAUGCAUCAUGAUGGUCAAAAUUAACCUGUUCAACCCAGAUUCCAAAAAUUAAAAAAAAAAUAGUUUCUGAAUGGAAAAACAGAUUUUUUGUAGUUGGGAGUUAUUGGUUUCUGAAACUGACUAGGAACUAAGAACACAAAGAAAAGCUGAGAUCAUUUUCUCUUUAGAGUUGAUAUAGGCAGAGAAAUUUUCUCAUAUUUUUAUUUUCACAGCCGAAACAGGCUUGUAAUUUGGUGGGGGUGUUAAUAUCUUUACAAAAGUUUAGCAUUUUCACAUGACGAUGAAAAUCUCUGAAUUUGAUAGCGAA